CUAUCGUAUUGGAUAGAAGCGUCCCACCCAUUCACAAGUCGUCUGUCACGGAACAGGAAUCCUUUAUACGGAGUAGCAUUUAGACUUGAAGAGACAACAAUUCUGUCCAUGCUGCAGAGUGGUGCGGCUCUUUAAGCAGCGGUUAACUGCCAGGAUAUGUUAAGAACGUCGCGCUUCACCAAUAGAGCUCGUCAAGGCUUUUGCACUGAUUUGUGAGUAGCAUCGCUGUGGUGCUCCUGUUCAUCGACGCUAGGGAUCAAAAUGGGGAAUCAUCCGAUAAGAAUCGGAAUCGAUAAGCAGAAUCUAAAUCGAAAUUGGAAUCGGUGUGAAAAGUCAGUGUCAUGACUGGAACUGAGACAGAGGAUGAUAUUCCAUUAGGUGAAAGGAAGACUGUCACAGAUUUCUGCUACCUCCUGGACAAGUCCAAACAACUCUUCAAUGGGCUACGCGACCUUCCUCAGUAUGGACACAAGCAGUGGCAAUCCUACUUUGGACGGACUUUUGAUGUCUACACUAAGCUAUGGAAAUUUCAACAGCAGCACAGGCAGAUUCUGGACAGUCGGUAUGGCUUGAAGAGAUGGCAAAUUGGGGAAGUUGCAUCCAAAAUUGGACAGCUUUACUACCAUUAUUACCUUCGUACCUCGGAAACAAGUUACCUGAAUGAGGCGUUUUCAUUCUACUCAGCCAUCCGUCAGCGAUCCUACUAUUUUCAGGUCAAUAAAGAGGACAGGCCAGAAUUAGUAGUGAAGAAGCUUCGAUAUUAUGCUCGCUACAUAGUUGUCUGUUUACUGCUGAACAAGAUGGACCUCGUCAAAGUUUUGGUUCAGGAGUUAUCUGAGGAAAUUGAAGAUUACACACAGCGAUUCAACACAGAAGAUCAGUUGGAGUGGAAUCUAGUUCUACAGGAAGUGGCAGCUUUUGUGGAGGCCGAUCCAGUGGUAGUACUGAAUGAUAACAAUUCUGUCGUCGUCUUCAGCAAUCGGAUGCUGGAAGGAAGUGCACCUCCAUUGGAACAAGGCAUGGUGGUUGGCCAGCUCAUCCUUGCAGAUGCAUUGAUCAUCGGCAACUGUAACAACCAGGUGAAGUUCAGUGAGUUAACCAUUGACAUGUUUCGUAUGCUACAAGCUUUGGAGAGGGAACCUAUUAACCUAGCUACACAGACCUCCAAACAAGGAACACUGGAACCCAAUGAGAAGCCAGCUAAACGAGAAAACCCUCACAAGUAUUUGCUGUACAAGCCAACAUUCAGCCAGCUUUUUACCUUUUUGUCUGCCUCUUUUAAGGAAUUGCCUGCCAACAGUGUUCUGCUUGUUUACCUAUCAGCAACUGGAAUAUUUCCUGCGGGACAUUCAGAUUAUGAAGGACCAUAUGAUUUUGGAGGAGUUCUCACAAAUACAAACCGAGAUGUGGUGAAUGGAGAGACCAUGCAGAAGAGGAAUCUGCUCCAGAAAGAAAUGCACUGCCUUCAUCCAGGGGAUUUAUUCCCUUUUACCCGGAAACCACUUUUUGUCAUUGUGGAUUCUUCAAAUAGCACAGCCUACAAGAAUUUCACAAACCUGUUUGGCCAGCCUCUGGUGUGUCUGCUAUCACCUACGGUAUAUCCCAAAAGUGUACAAGAUCAGUCUCAGCGUGGGAGUCUCUUCACUCUGUUCCUCUACAGUCCACUCCUGGCUUUCUCCUCCAUGUGUGGCUUAAAGAGUGUGCGACGAAGCCUCUGGGACAGAGCUCAAGAGUUUCUUUGCAAAGUCUACCGUGACAUUGGGCAGAUGAUAAGUAGAUCACGGACCAUAGAUCAAGCCUUUCUGCAAUUCUUUGGUGAUGAGUUCCUUCGACUGCUUCUGGUCCGCUUUGUCUUCUGCUCAGCUGCACUAAGACUGCAUAAACUGUUUCGGGAGUCUCGCAGCUUCCCUGAGUCAUAUCCUGAGCUGCCCAAACAGGACACAGUGGAGAGCAGCCUCUUACAAAAGCAUGUUUUGGAGCUGGCAACCAUGCUUGAUGUGCAGGGUCUGUUUUGGGAAGAUCCACUGGAGACAUACUAACAUUUUCACAAAUGGCAAAAUGGCAAAUAUGUACAUACAGACUCAACUGCCAGAGGCCUCAAAGUUGUCCUCUUUUUUAAAGGUAAUGAAAUAAUUGAUUCAACACAUACAGGUUAAUGUUCUGCAUUCAAGUGUUAACAAUGAAAGAAAUGUAGUGCAGCAUUAAAAUGCUUGAAAGAGAAAUUCAACGGGUUUGCUAGUGUAAAUUCCCAAAAUUUGAGUCUCAUUGGCUUGCCUCAUAAAUUAAAAAAAAAAUACUUGAAAGAUGAAUAAGAGAGUAAACAAUGUUUAAGAAAUCAACAAUCCCCCAAAAUGCAAGGUUUAAAACUCACUCCUCAUCUGAAGAUUUUAAAGAAGUUUAAGGGUUAGUUGUGUUUUUGUUUUUGAAGAAACGUUUAUCAUUGGUUACCUGAAUGAAGGUUAUGUAAACCUGAAGGACAUAGCAUGCAAAAGCUUUCAGUGUGAUUUCAUCAGUCUGCAUGAUGCCAUAACAGUCUGUUGAGAAAAGAGAACGCAUUGAUGAUUAAAUAAAAAGAACAGAUAAAAAACUUGUGCAUCAGAUAUUUUUAAUAACAAGUGUGAUGUUGAGAUAUUAUUCACACACUAGGUAAAAUAUCUCACCAAAAAUGUAAAAUGUGAUUAGUUUGGAGUUUUAUAUUUACAGUGCUAGCUGUAUUUUUUACAGGGUGCAUGUGGUUGUGUUUGGUUGAUUGUUGUAGGAAACAUUAGUUGUAAAACAAAUUUGUCAUUUACCAUCAAUCCAUCAUACAUAGUCUCAGCUUACUUCAUUUGGAAAACUGUUCUUUUUUAAUUUGUUAGAGCACUGUGUUUUAUUUUCAUGCAAAAAGAUAAAGAUACAGUAUUGUCUCUAACUUUUAAGAAUAUAAAUCAGCCUGCAGGCUGUUUAAAAUGGCAUGAAGGUGGUGGUAAGUGGAGCAAAUGCAUGUGUGUUGCAUGGGCCUGAACAUUUAUAGUUGAGUCAAAAAAUAAAGACAGUCUACAUAGAGACAACAGGAGGAGAAUUAGUCCAAAAGUAAUGUGGUAUGCCAAACAACUUUUAUUCACUGAAUACAUGUACCAUUUAAUUUAUCACAGAAAUGACCGCCUUAAGCUCAUAAAUGCGGCCAACAUUUUUUUGCUGACAAUAAACAAAUGUGUCGAAAAAGGACAAAGGCUAGUGGAAGCUGAGGAAGGAAUAACCAGCAACCACUGAAUUCUGUUCAUUAUAUAAUGGGGGGGAGACUUGGUAAAGACACUUUGUAGGCCUAUUGUUUCUUUAUGACGUUGUACACAGCAGCACUGCAGGUAGGUGAUGUGUGAAUCUCUAUGUGGUCAUUUGCACUUUUUAAUUAUUUUUUUUGUUUGUAUUUUUGAAUGUGUCCCAAAUACUUUUGCCAAGGGGGUAGAGCGGGGGUUCUCCAACAUGAAGGUUGCCGAUUCAAACCCCACUCUUCCCCAUCUGCAUGCCGAAGUGUCCUUGGCAAGAUACUGAACCCCUAAGUGGCCCCUCAUAAAUGUUGAGUGUAGUAAAAAUGUAAGUCGCUUUGGACAAAAGCGUCAGCUAAAUGACAUGUAAUGUAAUGUAAAAUAGUGCAUUUGAAGUCUAUUUUCAGUUAAAAAUGUACAGCCCUAUAAGCCAUGAUAUAGUUUUAAAUAACUUGAAGCAUAAAACACUUCUGCAGUACUUCAUCACAGGUACUAGUGGUUCCUGGUUGCAAAAACUGAAGGGAUCAAAGGAAAGAAAACAUUUUCUAAACCAGGGUUGGGGAGCCAAUGACUCUUUGAAGUUUUAGAAUCUUUGAUGGUCGCACCAAUUUACUAAGCACAUAUAUCACACUCACCUCUUAAUGCAAUGGCUGGAACUGCUUCGCUUUUGGCAAGGUGUCUGACGUCAGAUUGUAGUGAUGUAAAAAUAAAUGAUUACUAUAGUAGGAUAUCCCAAGAUGAGAUAACUCUUAAGAUGGAGGUUAUUGUAACGACAAGCUCACUGUUGCUUUAUAGAGCAAUGAUAUUGUGUUGGAGGUUGUCAACCACAUUAGCUGGUUCCAUGUAAAAUGGCUUCACAAAUAUGUACAGCGGGUUAGAGUUAGCCCAAACCCUAACCCCUCACCAAAUACCUGUAAGAGUUUUGUAAACUCCCCAGCAUAUUCAGAUUCCAGAGCAGAUUUUUGUUAAUAAAUAAAUAUAUAUAUAUAUAUAUUUAUGAUGCUAUGUAACACAGAUAGAAAAAUACACUUAGUGUAAGGAGAACCUUAUUAUUACACUGCUCUA